AUGGUCAAGAUACAUCCAUUAGAAGAGCGGUCGGUUUAUCUUCAGAUUUGCGGCCUGUGCUGUUACAUCGGAUGCCCACCAAUUCCAGAAAGUAUUGCACGUAAAUUGGCAUUUCAUCCGCCAAAAAAAGGCGCCUCCUAUACCGUUCAUAGAGUGGGACAUCCCGAAAAGAAAGUUAACGGAGCUGACGAGGUGGAGUUAACUCGAUCAUUACCUCUCUUUACCAACUGUUAUCACUUUGUAAAUAAUUUUUUAAAAAACCUUCGAAUGGCUGUUCCGGAACUAAAAGUGAAGAGUUUAGUAACCAAUUCUGUUAAGAAGUACAAGAAUUUUCAGGUGAUAAUUUUUACUCAGCCAAACUCGUCAGAUCUCGGCAACUUCUUACAGCCACGUUUUAUGAACCUUACCCAAUUCGCUGACAUAUUUGAGGUUGACGUCUAUGGGUUUGAUUACUCAGGUUACGGUUACUCUACUGGCACUGUAUCCGAAAAGGACAUCUACGCCGAUAUUAGGGCUAUAUACGAUUACGUUCUUCGAACAAGACCGGACAAACAGAUAGUACUGCUCGGUUAUAGCAUCGGUACGACAGCUGUCGUAGAUUUAGCGUCAUCACAUCCGAAAAGGCUAGCUGGUGUGAUCCUUGUUGCACCGUUCACCAGUGGCCUUCGCUUGCUAGGAAACAAACCGCGAAGUGAAAAGACGCACUUCCUCGAUAGGUUCAACUCUUGUGACAAAGUCGGCGAUAUCGAUGUUCCUGUGCUCAUAUGCCAUGGUGGAAACGAUACAGUUGUACCGUUUGAACAUGGUGUUGAACUUCAUGAGAAGCUCAAAAAGCCCGUCACACCGCUGAUCGUCUAUGGAGCAGAUCAUCAGUCGAUUCUUAACGGCGCCUAUCCAGAAACAUUUUGUCGCAUUCACAGGUUGGUAAUGGUGACUAGACGACGUGAUGAUUUUUAG